GCCGAAGCGUUUCUUCGGGAGCAGUUCAACAUACCCCCUCACGUCCCCGUCAACCUCGACGCUCUCCCAGAUCCCGCUCCCGGAGAGCGCCCCGAGUAUACAAACUCCCAGCUCACCCGACUCGCCAUCUACGGCCAUCCACGACACGAAGCCACCUUGAACCAAAUCCUGCAAGCGAUAGAGGAUCGGUUUGAUUGGUACAGGAAGGAGAACAAAGCCUGGAGAAAUAGCAUCCGGCACCUCCUCUCUCUCGAGUCUUUUUACGUCAAGGUCGAACGACAGAAGACCGAUCCAGGGUCUGGGUCAUACUGGACCUUGAAUGUAAGGGACCCUUAUGGGAUGAAGCGCCUUCGUAAGCGU